GUGAGUGUAGUAGUAGAGAGUAGAGCAAAGGUUGAAUUUGUUAGGAAGAAUCAAAGGAACGAAGAAUGCAUUCGUAUGGUUACAGAGCGAAUGGUUUGUUAACGUUCGCCUUCACCUUUGUGGCGGUUAUGUGCGCCAUGGCUUCUCUCUCCGACAACCUUAACUCUCCCUCUCCCUCUGCGCAAGUCCAGGUCAGCAUGACGAUGAAUGUAUCAGCAGAUUUGCAGUCUCUUUUCACGUGGAACACUAAACAGGUUUUUGUAUUUUUAGCUGCUGAGUAUGAAACCUCAAAGAAUUCCAUGAAUCAGAUAUCGCUGUGGGAUGGUGUAAUUCCUUCAAAAGAUCAUGCAAAGUUUUGGAUUCAUACAUCCAAUAAGUACCGCUUCAUCGACCAGGGAAGCAAUUUGCGUGGUAAAGAAUUUAACUUAACUAUGCACUGGCAUGUUAUGCCCAAGACCGGCAGAAUGUUCGCUGACAAAAUAGUCAUGCCAGGGUAUCGAUUGCCAGAGGAAUACAGAUGAAGCUUUCAUUUUUAACGUAUUUAUGUACCUUUAACCUUUUUCUAUAACAGAUAAAGGUUAGGGGAAAAAAGGUUGCAAUAUGGGAAAAAGGAUAUGCUGUUUGGCAAAGUUAAAAUGAAAAU